AUGGAUCAUCUGUGCUGCAUGAGGGUUAUACCAUCUGCUCUUAAGAGGGCUAUCAACCCUUUAAACGUUUCUGAUAUUCUGCUUGUCGACCAUCUAUACCCGCGAAGCGUAUUUGAAAUUCCAUUUGUCGAUGAUCUAUACCCACCAGGGGUAUUUGAAAUUCCACUUGCCGAUGACCGGUACCCACAAGGAGUAUUGGAAGUUCCAUUUGUCGAUCAUCUGUACCCACCAGGGGUAUUUGAAAUUGCACUUGCCGAUGAUCAAUACCCACAAGGAGUAUUUAAAGUUCCAUUUGUCGAUCAUCUAUACCCACCAGGGGUAUUUGAAAUUCCACUUGCCGAUCAUCUAUAUCCGCCAGGGGUAUUUGAAGUUCCAUUUGUCGAUCAUCUAUACCCACCAGGGGUAUUUGAAAUUGCUCUUGCCGAUGAUCAAUACCCACAAGGGGUAUUUGAAGUUCCAUUUGUCGAUCAUAUAUACCCGCCAGGAGUAUUGGAAGUUCCACUUGCCGAUGAUCUAUACCCACCAGGGGUAUUUGAAGUUUCAUUUGAUGAACUGCUAUAA